UCGAAAUCUCAGUUGAAAAAAAAGGAACUUGUCUCUGUCUCUGUAGCAGAGAAGAUAAAAAAGAAAGGAACUUUUUUUUGGGGAUUUGGUUAAACUUUUCAAUCUGUAUCGCUUUUUGGGUGACAAAAAGAUGAAUCGAAAACUCAACACGAGAAAUCUGCUUGUGGGGCUUUACUUGCUGUUUGUGUUCUUCGUCCUCUGUGCUUGCUUCGAAGCCGCAGAAUCUACGAAAGAGAAGUUCGAGGAUUACCGGUUUGGUUCCUCCGUCGUGUUUCCGGUCUCCGGCAAUGUUUACCCUCUUGGGUAUUACUUUGUAUUGCUUCACAUAGGAAACCCACCAAAGCUAUUUGACUUGGACAUUGAUACAGGCAGUGAUCUCACUUGGGUUCAAUGUGAUGCUCCAUGCACUGGUUGCACAAAGCCUCGUACUCAUCAGUACAAGCCCAAGAGAAACACUCUGCCUUGUUCACACAUGUUAUGUUCUGGCCUUGACUUGCCUCAGAGCAGACCCUGUGCUAACCCGGAAGAUCAAUGCGACUACGAGAUCGGAUAUGCUGAUAACGCAUCAUCUAUUGGCGCUCUAGUAAUUGACGAGUUUCCUCUAAGACUUGCAAAUGGCUCCAUAGUGCAUCCCCAAUUGACCUUUGGAUGCGGGUAUGAUCAGCAACACCCGGGUCCACACCCUCCGCCUCCAACUGCAGGAGUUCUUGGUCUUGGUAGAGGGAAAAUAGGCAUGGCGAUGCAGCUAAAUUCAAUGGGUGUAACAAAGAAUGUGAUCACACAUUGUUUAAGUCAUAAAGGCGGAGGUUUUCUAUCAAUUGGAGACGAGCUUCUUCCUUCAUCUGGAGUUGUGUGGACUUCACUGUCUCGUAAUGCUCCAGAUAAAAACUACAUGGUUGGACCAGCAGAGCUUCUCUAUAACGGCAAGAGUAUAAGUGUGAAAGGCCUAAACUUAGUUUUCGACAGUGGAAGCUCAUACACCUACUUCAACAAGAAGGCAUAUCAAGCGAUUCUUGAUCUGAUAAAUAAGGAUUUGGAUGGGAAGCCUUUGACGGAAACAAAGGAGGAUAAGAGCCUUUCGGUCUGCUGGAAAGGCGUAAAACCUGUAAAAUCGGUUCUUGAUGUCGCCAAGUAUUUCAAGACAUUGACAUUACAGUUUGGGACAGGAAAGAAUGCUCAGCCUUUCCAGAUUCCACCUGUCUCGUAUCUCAUUAUCACUAAAUAUGGAAAUGUAUGCUUAGGAAUUCUGAAUGGAACAGAAGUUGGGCUUCAUGGGUACAAUAUAAUCGGAGACAACUUUUUCCAAGGCAUGAUGGUGAUAUAUGACAACGAGAAGCAUCGAGUUGGAUGGGUUCCUGCAAACUGUGAUAGGCUUCCCAAUGUGGAUCGUGAUUAUAAAAGAGAUAUUUCGCAGCCUAAAGCAGCCGGAUUUGGUUUCUUAGAAGAGCUUUUCCCUGCAAGUGACGGUUCUCGGGACAAUGGAGAGCUUUGACGUGAGACCAGAUAAAAUGAAACAGAGAUUUUGUAUAGGAACAAAGAAAUAUUUUGUGGAUAUAUAUAUAUGGUGUAUGUAAUCCGAUGUACAAUCAAACAAUUAUCGAUGAUAUAAGAUUGCACUUUUUGUUUCCCUA